UGUCAAUCCAGAUUUAGUAACUAAAUAUUUAUUUCUUGUUUCUAAUUUCCUAGUGGAACUUUUGAACGAUAUUUGGAAUACACAUUUAUUUAUCAAACUGUUAUCUAUUGAAUAAGCGCGUAACAUUUAUAUUGAGGCGCCCAUUAACUUGUUUAGUGUGAUAGUUUCUUAUCGCUGUCUACUCUAUAAAUAGGGUAGCGCAAACUACUCACUGGUAUUUGCGCCUUCGGUACGUGUAUAGUGCGUCGCUCCGUUUUGUUGUGUACAAAUUUUUCAAAAUGGCUUCAAGGGAUCCUGCAGCGGAUCAACUAGUAAAUUACAGGAAAUCUCGACAGGAUGCUCCUGGUUUCAUCACUACAAAAAAUGGAACACCAGUUGGAAUUAAGACUGCAUCACAGACUGUUGGAAGGAAUGGACCACUACUACUCCAGGAUGUCAAUUUUAUUGAUGAGCUCUCUGCCUUUGAUAGGGAGCGUAUUCCAGAACGUGUUGUACAUGCCAAGGGUGCAGGUGCUUUUGGAUACUUUGAAGUGACCCAUGACAUCACCAAAUAUACUGCAGCUAAAGUCUUUGAAUCUAUUGGAAAAAGAACUCCUCUUGCAGUCCGAUUCUCAACUGUUGGUGGAGAAAGUGGGUCUUCUGAUACUGUCCGAGAUCCUAGAGGAUUUGCUGUGAAAUUCUACACUGAAGAUGGCAAUUGGGAUCUUGUUGGAAAUAACACCCCCAUAUUCUUUAUUCGCGAUCCUAUAUUGUUCCCAAGCUUUAUUCAUACACAAAAAAGAAACCCAGCUACCCACUUAAAAGAUGCUGAUAUGUUUUGGGACUUUUUAACUCUAAGACCUGAAUCAGUUCAUCAAGUUCUGUAUUUAUUUGGUGACAGAGGUAUACCUGAUGGGUAUAGGUAUAUGAAUGGUUAUGGGUCUCACACAUUUAAAUUUGUAAAUGCACAAGGUGUAGCUCACUGGGUGAAAUUCCACUACAAAACUAACCAAGGUAUCAAAAACUUGCCUGUCGAAAAGGCAGCUGAACUGGCUUCAUCAGACCCAGAUUAUUCUAUUAGGGAUCUGUAUAAUGCUAUUGGUAGAGGUGACUAUCCAUCAUGGACCUUUUAUAUUCAAAUCAUGACUUUGGCACAAGCAGAAAAAUGCAAAUUUAAUCCAUUUGACUUGACCAAAAUUUGGCCUCAUUCUGAGUAUCCUCUAAUUCCAGUUGGAAAAAUUGUCUUGGAUCGCAAUCCUAAAAACUAUUUUGCAGAGGUUGAGCAAAUAGCAUUCAGCCCCGCUCACCUAAUCCCAGGUAUUGAACCCUCACCAGACAAAAUGUUGCAAGGACGUUUGUUCUCUUAUGUGGACACUCACCGCCACCGCCUUGGUGCAAAUUACUUACAAAUUCCCGUUAAUUGCCCAUACAAAGUCAGAGUUGCGAAUUAUCAGCGUGAUGGACCACAAUCAAUUCAGAAUCAAGAAGGUUGUCCAAACUAUUUUCCAAAUUCAUUCUCUGGCCCACAAGAAUGCCCCCGUGCUCAACGUUUGCAACCACGAUACAAUGUUAGUGGAGAUGUGGACAGAUAUGACAGUGGUCAGACUGAAGACAACUUCUCACAGGCUACAAUUCUUUAUCGGGACGUUUUUGAUGAUGCAGCUAAGCAGCGUGUUGUUAACAACCUUGUUGGCAGCCUUAAGGAUGCCGCUGGCUUCCUCCAGGAAAGAGCUAUUAAGGUGUUCACACAAGUACAUCCUGACUUAGGCAGCAGAAUUGCAGCUGGUUUGUCCACCUACAAGAAAUAUCACGCCAACUUGUAAGAAGCACAUGAAAUGGACGGGUGUUAUUUAUGGUAGCUUUAAGUUUAUUUUUUUUAAUUGCAUAUAUUUUUAGGGACCGAGGUUUUUAAUGAUAAUGAAAUGUAUAUUGGUUUAGUUAACUACUAAUUGCAUUUUACAUUUUUUAUUCAGACUGAUAUAAUAAUUGUAAUUUAUUUUUGUAUACUGAUUAUGGGUUACUGCAUGAUAUGAAUUUAUAAUUCUGUAUGUCAUGAACAAAUAUCUACUUGUAUACUGUAUCUUUUUAUAUAUAUAUAUAUAUAUAUAUAUUAUAUAAAUGUUGUCAUAAUAAUAAUACAAACUCUUUUGCAAAAAAGGGCGCUUUUGUAGCAAGUAACACAUUGGACAUUUUAAAAUUCUAAAAUUUUAAAAUUAUUAUUGCUAAAGAAAUCAAUAUAAUGAAAUAUAGUAGAUGUAGUAUGUUUUAUACAAAAACAGAUAUGAGUGUGUUCACUGAGAAUGCAUUCUAUCUAAUUUAUUUGAGUGUUUUGGCACGUUUGCGCGUAAGCGGUGGUUUAAGAAACAUACUACCACUACUGCUAUUUGGUUGCGGGUUCGAACCCGGCGGUGUCUCAGCAGUGCGGUACGGUGCAUCCAUCGUGCCACCGAUACAUACGUCCGACCUUGUUUCCGAUGUUUUUUGGUUUAAAACCUUAGUAACCACGGCUGGUUCAGCUUUGUUUAUUUCAAACUUUACUUCCGGUGGUUCACAUUUGAUUAAAUGACGACGAUUACGUCGAUAUUUGGUUCCUAUUUUAUUUUCUAUAAUAUAAGAACGAGGCGUAUCAGCCGUGCUUACUACAGUGGCCCUAGUACGAUUUUUACCAUCAUUACAUAUUACUUGGUCACCUUUUUCUAACUUGCAUAGCGUUUUACAAUGCCGAUCAUAGUAUCCCUUAUUGGACUUUUGCUUAUAGACCAAGGUAUGAUAUUCUGUUUCAUUUACAAGUUUUGGUUUUAAUAUUUGUACGCUGGCCGGAAGUUUACAUCUUAAUCUGCGACUCAUUAACAUCUGUGCAGGAGAGCUUAAACCUUCUCUAGGAGUAUUUCUGUAAUUCAAUAACGCUAAUUGAAAAUCUCCUCCUGUCUUAAUUGCUUUACUCAACAGUGACUUAACUGUUUGUACAGCACGCUCACUCUUUCCAUUUGACUGAGGAUAGUUGGGUGAAGAAGUCACGUGAUGAAAACUCCAGUCACUAGCAAAUAAUUUGAACUCGCGACUACUAAAUUGAGUGCCGUUGUCACUUAUUAAUAUUUCAGGUAUACCAUGACGAGAAAAUACUUCCUUUAUAUUUUGUAUGACUGUAUAUGAGGUAAUAUUUUGUAAAUUACAUACUUCAACAUAAUUAGAAUAAUAAUCUACGACAAUCAAAUAAUAUUUUCUUCUGUACUCAAAAAUAUCAGUACCUACUUUCGUCCACGGCAAAGGGGGUAUCUCUACUGGAAUCAUAGGUUCCUUUGCUUGUGCAUUUAAACUCUCCUGACAAGUGGUACAACGCUUUCCAUGAGACUCAAUGUCGCGUGACAUAUUCGGCCAAUACAUAACCUGUCUCGCUCGCCGCUUGCACCGAUCUAUACCGAGGUGGCCCUCGUGCACGAGCCGCAGCAUUUCAGCUCGCAAACUCGAAGGUAUCAGUAUUAUACUAUCUUUAAAUACUACAGAAUCGACGACAUAUAACUCGUCCUUUAUUGCCCAAAACACUUGUAAUUCUAUUGGUAAGUUAUAUUUAUGGUCUGGCCAUCCCGUUUUUAUAUACUCGAUCAGUGCACAUAGAAUCUUGUCCUGUUUAGUUUCCUUUUUAAUUAAUGCCAAUUUUGAAUUAGAUAUCGGUAUAUUGCCCACCACCAUUUGAACUUGGUACAGUACAUUCUGUUCCACUUCCACACUAUAUAGCUCAGGAAGCGGCGCUCGAGACAGUGCAUCAGGAACAUACAUAUACUUUCCUGGCUUAUAAUUAACUAAUAGAUCAUAAGUUUGUAUUCUUAACAACAUGCGUUGUAAGCGAGCUGGGACCGACAUCAGUGGUUUUUUAAAAAUACUUUCUAAGGGUUUAUGAUCCGUUUCCACCAAUAUUUUAACCUUACCAUAAAUAUAUUGGUGGAAUCGUUCGCAUGCAAAAACUAUGGCCAGCAUCUCUUUUUCGAUUUGCGCGUAACGCCGUUGGGUGUCGGUGAGUGUGCGCGAAGCGUAUUCGACGGGUCGGCCGGCCUGCAGCAGCACGGCUCCGAGCGCGUCGCGCGAUGCGUCCACUGACAGCACUAGCGGCCGCGAUACGUCGUACAAUGCCAACACCGGCGCGCGACACACGCUUUCUUUUAAUGCAAAAAAUGAUUUUUGUUCCGUAUCUUCCCAACGUCAUUCAUU